UUACUGGUCAUCGGCAUCCCAGAAGCUGGAGGAGCCGCCAUUGCGGCGAGAAGAAUCGCCUGCACGACGGGAUGGCUCACGUUGGGAGCGGCCAGAGGUCUGUCGCGAAGUUUCAGUCUCUCGCAGCUCCCGCACACGGCUUGGAGCUGCGGUGCGGCUAGCCUGGGUCUGGUCUCGCUCAGCUCGACGACGUGCAUGCCUAUCCCUAAUCUCUCGACGCUCUUCCUCAUACUCGGCCCUAUUCGCGGCCAUCUUGAGAUCGAAUCUACGAUUCUUCUCAGCAUACUCUUCCCGCCGACGCCGAUUGUCUUCCUCAUCCUCUGCUUCCAUCUCUGCCAUCUUCUUCGCCAACUUGGCCUCGUUGGCUUUCAUCUUUUCGGCACACUCGAUCCGCAACUGUCGCUUCUCUUCCUCAUGGUCCGCCAUCUCAGCAUCGAAGAAUCCUUGAAAUUCUUCAAGGGUGCGAGGAUACGGACGACGACCGCCGGCGCCAAAGCUUUGGGGCAUGUUGGUCUGGGAGGGUGUGCUGUUGUUGGAGCUUUUGGGAAUUGUGGUUGUGGUGACUGUGGGGGUUUGGAAAGUUGUGUU